AUUGAUCUGUUGCUCAUUGGUAAAACCGGGAACGGAAAAAGUGCAACCGGCAACACGAUUCUUAACAGGAAAGUCUUUAAAAGUACUGCCAGCUCGACUUCAGUCACAAAAAAAAUUCAAAAAAAUUUUUCAGAAUACAAUGGACGUGUUAUCACGAUCGUUGAUGGCCCAGGGGUUGGCGAUACUGACCUCGGAGACGAAGAAUCUGUGAAAUUUGUCAUUGACGCCAUGACAAAAGCUAUUGCUGCUAAUACAUGUGGGUACCAUGCCUUUCUGCUUGUCGUUAGAUUUGGAGGGCGAUUCACAAAAGAAGAUAAAAAAACUAUCGAGAUUCUAAAAGCCAUUUUUGGACCUGACUUCGUGAAGAAUUAUUGCAUUCUCAUAGUUACAUGUGGAGAUAACUUUAACCCAAAAGAAAAUCCCGCCCCUUCAUUCAAGGACUGGUGCAAUUCUCAAACAGGCGUUUUUAAAUCCCUCUUUCUUGAAUGUAAUGGAAGGGUCGUUUUGUUUGACAACAUUACCAAAAAUUUCGCAAGAAGAAGCGGACAAAUAAAUGAGCUUUUGUCACUCGUAGAUGGAUUGAGUGCAUCAGGCUUGCGCUAUACAGAUGAAAACUUUAUAAUGGCCCAAAAGCAAAGAGAUGAUAUCAUCUUAAAAUCGAAAAUACCAGUUAUUCAACAGGAAACGAUGAAGGAAGCUAGUCUUAUAAUUCAACAACUAGGAAAGGUUGAUGUGGAUGAUCCUCAGAAUCGUUUAAAAGAGCUCGUUGUGCUAAAACAAAGAACUGAUAACUUGGUGAAGAGUGUCCGCGAUCAAGACAAGGAUACUGGCGCGCUAAAAGAUAUCAUCACCAGCGCUAGAAACAUUCAAAAUACUGUUAAGGAACAUAUACUAACAACGAAGAGUGCCAUUGAAAUAAAAGAGAAAAGACGCAAUCAUACAGCAGAAAUAAAAAAGCUGAGAGCAGAGAAAGAACGACAGAAAACAAAAGAC